ACCUAAAAAAAAAAAUUGAAAAAAUUGAGUGAACACUCUUAUGCGGUACUUAAAAGAAAGUCCGUUACCAUCCGAUCAUACAUACAUUCUUCUGACCUAAAAUUAGCCUUCAAUUAGUAUUUUUUUUUUUUUUAAUAAAUUUCAGUCGUUAUAUCCACAAAAUGGAAGCCAGCCUCGUGUUAGCCAUGGUCAUAGUGGUUUUCUGCCAUUGGAUAGGACUGACAUACUUAUCGAGCAACGAUGCCAGUCUGGCCUCCACUAUCUUCAUAAUAAUUGCCAUGAUGGGAAUGCACAAAAUAAUGCUGAAACGUGGCGGUUCCGAUACCUUUAGGAACAAGGUGUUUGAGGCUACAGGCUAUUGUGUCGUCAUGGAUGUAGUUCUUUCAUUCGUGUGGGAGGUUGGCGUGAAAACCAUGCAGUUCUUGGUGGGGGUACUCUUCGAUAUGUUACGUGCAACACUGAGUGCGAAAUUCCAUUGGCUUCCAGACAUGGUGCAGCCCACGGUAACCCCAUUGGCGUUAUUGGCAAUUGAAGUUUUUGCGUUCCUUAAGUGUUUCGAAAUCAAUGAUAUGCAACAAUUCUUUGGCUGCGAGGAUGAUCGUCUCUCGGAGAGUAUGCUGUCCCUACUGGCCGAGCAGGAACGACGUUUCUGGCGCCGCGAGCAUCGCCGUAUGAUGACCAAAAGAUAAAUCCUCAAAUAGUCUUAUUCAAAAUGGUUUUUACUUUAGGGAGGCUUUCCUGGGGCGAAUUGUUUCAAAAAGAAGAAAUUUAUGUUGAAAUUUAAUGAGCAAAUAAAUGCAAUUUCUUUCUCUGGA